UUGACCUCACCAUCAUGCGAUAUGAAGUAACCGGAGAUAAAACGGCGACAUACAACGGAACAUCGCCAUAAAACGCGUAUGAUUCACGCUCGUUCAUAACGAAAAACACGGAAAAGUGACUGGAGAAGCAGCCGGGUGUUUCUUGCUCGAUGAUCAGAUUAUCCCCAGUUUAACUAGUGCGUUCGUGUUAAUAAAUUAAAGAGCUGCUUUGUUUUAUCUGAUGUAAAUAAAUGCUCAGCUAUAAGUUCUCCAGAGGCUCCAGAAGUGUGUUUGCGGAACUGAGAAUGUUCGAGACUAAAGGAAUCUUCAGUGUUUGUGUGGACGUCAGCUGUGUGCUGCUCGCUGGACUUCCAUUUGCGAUAUUGAAUAUUCAGCACACGCCGUUUAAAAGAGGCUUUUUUUGCAGCGAUGACUCCAUCAGGUACCCCUUUAAAGAAGAUACCAUAUCCUACCAGUUACUGAUGGGAAUAAUGAUUCCAUUCGCACUGUUGAUGAUAAUCUUCGUUGAGUGUUUUUCUUUAUAUCUGCGGAACAGUGCUUCUUUCACUUAUGAGUAUAUAGCGUGUGUGUAUAAGGCAGUGGGAUCAUUUGUGUUUGGAGCGGCGUUGAGCCAGUCUCUGACCGACAUCGCCAAAUACACCAUCGGCCGACUGCGGCCGCACUUUCUGACCGUGUGUAAUCCGCACUGGAGCCUCAUUGACUGUAAAUCCGGUUAUAUUGAGAACUUCACGUGCACGGGAGAUCCAGUCAUCAUCAAUGAAGGCCGACUUUCCUUUUAUUCUGGUCACUCAUCAUUCUCCAUGUACUGUAUGCUGUUCCUCGCUUUAUAUCUCCAGUCUAGACUGAGAGCAAGUUGGGCUCGACUGGUUCGGCCGACUGUGCAGUUCUCUUUCAUCGCAGCGUCUCUUUACGUGGGUCUGUCGCGCGUCUCUGAUUAUAAACACCACUGGAGUGAUGUUCUCACUGGACUCUUGCAGGGAGCCGCCGUGGCACUGUUUACUGUGUUCUUUGUAUCGGAUCUGUUCAGCGCCAAACACACGUCAGAUAAAAAUGAGGAAAUCUCGCACACGAGUCUUCAGGAGACGUCAGAUCCGCCGAACCAUUACGGCAGCACAGAGUGAGACAGAACGCACUGGAUAUGAAAAGAGUCGCAGUGGAUUUUCCAUCCUUACAGUAACAUGCAAUCCUUUCCACAACUGAUUCACUUCAUUUUUAUAAUGUUACUGGGGAAAAAAAGGUUAUUUUUCAUAAUGCACAGCAGUAGAGAAGAAUAAAAUGUCAUCAUGAUAAACACAGCGGCAGUGCAAUAUUCGUGGCUGCAUCUGUGUCCCUGCAGCACAAAAGCAGUCAUAAGCAGCACAGGUAUAUUUGUAGAAAUAGCCAACAAUACACUGUAUGGUUCAAAAUUAUACAUUUUUCUUUUAUGCUAAAAAUCUUUGGGAUAUUAAGUAAAGAUCAUGUUCCAUGAAGAUAUUUUGUAAAUUUCCUACUGUAAAUAUAUCAAAACUUAAUUUUUGAUCAGUAAUAUGCAUUGCUAAGAACUUCAUUUGGACAACUUUAAAGGUGAUUUUCUCAAUAUUUAGAUUUUUUUGCACCCUCAGAUUCCAGAUUUUCAAAUAGUUGUAUCUCAGACAAAUAUUGUAUUCAGCUUUCAGAUGAUGUAUAAAUCUCCUUUUCAAAAAAUUGACCCUUAUGACUGGUUUUGUGGUCCAGGGUCACAUAGUUCUCUCCGCAGUUAUUGCACUGAAUGUGGCAGUGUAAAAAUAGGCUUCUCUUUCCUUACAGACCUCACAGGGUUAUUUAUACAACUAAAGGUUAAAGUUUAUGCAGUGUCAGUGAAUCAUGAAUAUCAUUGGGAAUGGUGCAGUACAAGAACAUAAAAGAAAAACAUUCCCAUCAUGCCACUAAUUGUUGAACUUUUGCUGCAGUGCACUCUGAGCAGUGAGUGUUUUAGGUCCUGCUGGGCUUUCAGGAAUCCAGAUUGCUGUUUUCCCACUUGAUUUUGAAGUGACACAGCUCUUUCAACACACUUAAAACAGAUAAAAAUAAAGCUUCUUCCUGAAAAUGAUGGUUUCAUCAAGAACCUUUAACAUGCAUGGGACCGUUUCCAUUGCAUUGUAGUGGAAAAAGGUUUUUUAGAUUAUUAAAAUGUUCUUCAUAUUAAGAAAUAAUUCUUUGGGGACCAUAAAUGGUUCUUCUAUGGCAUCGCUGUAAUUGUUUUUUUUGUUUGUUUUUUUUAAGAGUGUAUGCAUCCCUAUCAAACAAUCCAACAUUUCUAUGUGGUAAUAUUAGUAACCAACAUUUGUGUGUAAAUGUCUUAUUUCAGCGAGGUUGUUUUUAAAUGUGAAAUGAAGACUGUUACAACCAAUGGAUUGUACACUUGACUCUAAGACACUAUUUCUAUGAUUUACAGUUGUUUAAAGGAUUUUUUUUGUAUCAAAUUGUCAUAAGAAAAAGGAAAGUAGGUAUGGGCCAAAUAUGAACAACCAAAGUGUUUCAUUGCAUUGAAUUCAAUUAAUUUUUGGUAUUUUUUUUUUUUUUUUUUACAACUGGUUAUUUUAUUGUUAUUUUUAAUGCAAAAUGAAUUUAAUUGUGAUUUAUUUUUUAUUUAUUUAUUUUUUUUGAUUUAUUAAUUUUUUUGUUAUUUUCAAUGCAAAUGGUAAGACCACAAGUUUUAAAUAUCCAAGCACUUGAGUAACAUUUUUUGCCUUUGUUUAGUAGCUUUACAUAUGUAACUUUGUAUGCAUCAUGUACAAAAAUAUUUUCUUUUUGCUGUUUUUUUUUUUUUCUUUAAUUCAUUGGUAGCUGUGCUCGUGUGAACCAAUGAAACAUGGUACUGUAAAAUAUUUGUAUUUUUUUGCAAUUAAAGCUCUGCCAGACCAACUGUGGUGUAGUUAUUG